UGGUUGUAUAAAUGAAGCACAGACGUGGGACUCNAUGAUAGAAGAANACCCAGACAUCCCACUGGAUGAUGUCUGGGGGCCUCAGAACUAUAGGCCUUGUUUUUCUUAUGCUAUUGGGAAGCCAGGAGACCUAAGCCAACCAUAUGAGAUUCUAAACUAUUCUAAUAAAAACCACAUAAAAUGGCCCAUGACNUAUGCUGGAAUGUAUGUGUAUCGCUUGAAGAUCUUNGAUCCAAACUAUAGCUUCUGUAACCUAACAACUAUUUUUGCGAUUGAGAGCUUAGGAAUGAUUCCCAGAAGAAGGUUCCCUUGAGACCCUUGAAUAACUGGACCUGCUGGACGGGUCAAGUGGCGCCAGACGUGGGGCACGAGGUACACUACCCUCCGGACAAUGGAUUCGAGAGGUACCACACAGAGAGUGUGUCAGUUCCCUGCCACUUCACUCGAGUGUUGCGGACGUCGAGAGGUAAGCCUAGGCAUUCAGUUGUUGUCCCAUUUAC